AUGACGAUAAUCGAGUCGAGCACUGCUUCGAAAGCAAGGCCUUAUGUGGGAGUCAUUUUCUUGCAAUUUGGGUCUGCUGGUUUUGGUAUAGUUGCAAAAGCUGCUCUAAACCAAGGCAGUAGUAAUUACACGUUUGCCGUCUACAGAAAUGCAAUUGCGGCUGCCAUUUUCAUUCCUUUUGCCAUCAUUUUCGAGAGGAAAACAAGGCCAACAAUGACGUGGAGUGUCUUCUGGAAGAUAUUGCUGCUUGCCUUACUUGAUCCGGUUAUCGGUCAGAACAUGUUCUAUGCCGGCAUGAAAUAUUCAUCGGCCACAUUUGCUGCAGCACUGUGCAAUCUCAUUCCAGCUAUUACUUUCGUAUUGGCUUGGAUUCUCAGGAUCGAAAAUGUGAACUUCAAAAGCUUGCGCAGUAAUGCAAAGAUUAUGGGAACUUUGGUCACUGUUGGAGGAGCCAUGAUUAUGACUUUAAUUAGCGGACCUAUAAUUGGAUUGCCAUGGACACAUGCAUCCCAUCAUAAUCAAGCUUCCGCAAAUCCUAAUGAUAAGGAAAAUCCUGUUAAAGGAGCUCUUAUGAUCGCUGUUGGUUGUAUUGGUUAUUCUGCAUUUUACAUUCUUCAGGCAAUCACAUUGAAGUCAUACACGGCCGGGCGUUCGUUGACUGCUAUGGUUUGUUCUCUUGGAGCCUUCUUUGGAACUAUACUCACUUUCUUAGUUGAGAGAGGAAAUGUUUCAGUGUGGGCCCUUGGAUUGGAUGCCAAGCUUGUGGCUUAUGUCUAUGGGGGGGUCGUAUCUUCUGGAAUAACUUACUAUCUAUCGGGAGUGAUAAUUAAGGAAAAAGGACCAGUUUUUGUCACGUCAUUCAAUCCGUUAGGCAUGAUCAUAGUUGCUAUUAUGAGCUCUUUCAUUUUCGCCGAGCAAAUGACUAUUGGA